AUGACCAGCACCGAGUUCAAAUUUGAUCUAUUCCUCACCAACCACCAAUUGAGUCGCCAAGCAUGGAGUGAGCUGCAAGAAAUACUGACGACCUCGCCAAUUGAAGAGAUCCGAAGUCUUCCCAAACGCAAAGAAGCCAUCGUCCAGAAAAUGGCAGCUCAAUUGCCUUUGUGCCAAGUCCGAAAGCAAACGGUAAAACUCGACAUCAGCAAGCUCCCAUCUCAACAAAAACAUACAGAGAUGAUGCUCACAUUUGAUCUGAAGGCAUUUAUCCGCCUCAUGCACCAGUCUCCACCGCUUCGCUCAGAUAUUUACAAGGGCAUGGCGCACCUAUGUGAUGCGCCCAGCGAAGCCGGCUUUGAUUUUACCAGUGACACAAAGAACAACUUCCAAGAAGGAUCAGGAGUCCUUCUUGCUGAGCCAGUGUACGCCGAGUUAUCAUUACCGGAUAAGAUUGCCUUGUUGUACUUUGACCAGGGGAUUUUCACAAGCAGCGACAAAGAACAGCGAUUUUUAUCUAUCGGAAGUAAGAUCAAGAUCUAUCCCUCUCAAAUUAUUCGACGUGUUAAUAUCUUUAUGGACUACAAAUUCGAUCCGAGCUAUAUCAACACAUAUGCAAUUCCCUCCAGAUACACCUCUCAAUACUACAUCCGAUACGCCGCAGACUGUGAGACAGAGUCCCUCCGUCCGAUAAUAGUUACAAACCCUCAUCGCGCGGAAUUGGAGCUCACAACAUACGGGCGUCAACACUUUGUCCAAAACUUCCAGCCCGAUACAAUGAUCUCUUUACCAUUCAAGAUGUUCAUUGACGCUUUUGGCGCAUACAGGAAUAUGUAUCGAUCUCUUCUCGGGGUGUACGGCCUGCCAGCAUUUUACCCAGACCACAUCGCCUCACUCCGCAGCUCUGUGAUCCCGCUGACGCUCGGUCCCUUCGGAGCAGACGAGAACGAGGUGCUACGGAGCCUCACUUACCUCAGAGAACUGGACAAGGGCUGUGAGAUUGAACUUGUAGGCGGCGAAAAGCUCUUCGUCUGCGCAUUUACCAUCUGCUUCGUCAGCGAUACGCCACAGCAGGCAAAGCUCGCAGGGUGUCUCAAUCAUAAAGCAACACGAGGAUGCCGUGACUGUCUUAUCCUCUCCGCCCAAUGA